GUCAAAUCAAAGCAAAUAAUUAAGUGUGGGUCAAGAGCUACCUGCAGCUUUGCCUGGUUCCAAACAGGUUUCUCCUCGAGUCACAGGCAGAUGAAGGUCCUCAGGGUAGAGCCCACACUCUAGCCAGAAGCUGAGCUGGCCGGACAUGGCCGGCUCUCAGAGGACCUGAAAGGAUGCACCUGCAGCCUCCCAGGACUCGGCUGGGAAUGACUUCCGGAUUGCACAUACACUACCUGUCAGUCGGGUGAUGCGAAUGCAGACCCGCCCUGCAUCAGAGGCAUGGCACACACCGACACCCAGGUGUGUGAUGAGAAGCCCUCAGGCACGGCUCUUGAGAUGCUUGUGGCUCUUAGUUCCUGGCACUGGUUGCCGCUGGUGAUGGUCCCUGCAUGUUCGGAAGCAUCAUCGUAUGUGAACGAGUCCUCAAAUUCCACCCAGCAGGCACCCGACGCUCGGUUUGCUGCUUCCAGCUCGGACCUGGAUGCAAGGAUAUCUGUUUUUGAGCUGGAUUAUGACUACGUUCAAAUUCCUUGUGAAGUCACACUCUGGAUACUGCUGGCAUCCCUCGCGAAGAUCGGGUUCCACCUGUACCGCAGGCUGCCCCACCUCAUGCCCGAGAGCUGCCUGCUCCUCGCGGUGGGCGCGCUGGUGGGCGGCAUCAUCUUCGGCACCCACCACCAGUCGCCUCCGGUCAUGGACUCCAGCAUCUACUUCCUGUACCUCCUGCCGCCCAUCGUGCUGGAGAGCGGCUACUUCAUGCCCACGCGGCCGUUCUUUGAGAACUUUGGCUCCAUCCUGUGGUGGGCAGGCCUGGGCGCGCUGGUCAACGCCUUCGGCAUCGGGCUGUCCCUGUACUUGGUCUGCCGGGUCGGGGCCUUCGGCCUGGGCGACGUCACGCUGCUGCAGAGCCUGCUCUUCGGGAGCCUGAUCUCGGCCGUGGACCCCGUGGCCGUGCUGGCCGUGUUCGAGGAGGCGCGCGUGAACGAGCCGCUCUACAUGAUGAUCUUCGGGGAGGCUCUGCUCAAUGACGGCAUCAGCGUGGUCUUAUACAACAUACUGAUCGCCUUCACCAAGAUGCACAAAUUUGAGGACAUAGAAGCUGUGGACAUUUUGGCUGGGUGCGCCAGAUUUGUAAUCGUGGGGUGCGGGGGCGUAUUUUUCGGGGUCGUUUUUGGCUUCAUUUCUGCAUUCAUCACACGAUUCACUCAGAACAUCUCUGCGAUCGAGCCACUCAUUGUCUUCAUGUUCAGCUACCUGUCCUACUUAGUGGCGGAGACACUGUACCUGUCCGGCAUCCUGGCAAUCACGGCGUGCGCGGUAACGAUGAAAAAGUACGUGGAAGAGAACGUGUCCCAGAAGUCCUACACGACCAUCAAGUACUUCAUGAAGAUGCUGAGCAGCGUCAGCGAGACCCUGAUCUUCAUCUUCAUGGGCGUGUCCACCGUGGGGAAGGACCACGAGUGGAACUGGGCGUUCAUUUGCUUCACGCUGCUCUUCUGUCAGAUCUGGAGAGCCAUCAGUGUAUUUACUCUCUUCUAUGUCAGUAACCAGUUUCGGACCUUUCCCUUCUCCAUCAAGGACCAGUUCAUAAUAUUCUACAGCGGUGUGAGAGGGGCUGGAAGCUUCUCGCUUGCCUUUUUGCUGCCUCUGUCCCUUUUCCCUAGGAAGAAGUUAUUUGUUACUGCUACGUUAGUAGUUACAUACUUUACCGUAUUUUUUCAGGGGAUCACAAUUGGCCCACUGGUCAGGUACCUGGAUGUCAGAAAGACCAGUAAAAAAGAAUCCGUCAAUGAAGAGCUCCACAUCCGUCUCAUGGAUCAUUUGAAAGCUGGGAUUGAAGACGUAUGUGGACAAUGGAGUCACUACCAAGUGAGAGACAAGUUCAAGAAGUUUGAUCAAAGAUAUUUACGGAAGAUUCUAAUCCGGAAGAACCUGCCUAAAUCAAGCAUUGUUUCUUUGUAUAAGAAGCUGGAGAUGAAACAGGCCAUUGAGAUGGUAGAGACUGGGAUCCUGAACUCUGCAGUGUUCCCCACGUCCUAUCAGCCUGAGAGGAAACAGGGCACUAAGAGGCUUUCACCUGAAGACGUGGAGUCCAUGCGAGACAUUCUGACAAGAAACAUGUACCAAGUCCGACAAAGAACCCUGUCCUACAACAAAUACAGCCUCAAACCCCAAACAAGCGAGAAGCAGGCCAAGGAGAUUCUGAUCCGCCGCCAGAACACCCUGAGGGAGAGCCUGCGGAAAGGCCAGAGCCUGCCCUGGGGAAAGCCGGCAGGCACCAAGAACUUUCGCUACCUCUCCUUCCCCUACAGCAAUCCUCAGUCAGCAAGGAGAGAGGGAUGGGCAGCUGAGUCCACAGAUGCGGAGGGCGUUGAGGCAGGAUCCCGGCCCUUGAUGUUCAGUGCGCACGCCCGAGCCGGGUCCCUUCAGGAAAAGCGACCGUCGCAGGCAGCGGUCCUGAUGAAGCGGCUGCCCGGAGGACAGAAGGCGCGCAGCUUCAGCCCCCGACGCAGCUGGGAGGAGCAAGCUGGACGGCGCCGGACCGAUGCCAUCCGGCCCAGGCCGCUGUUCCAUGCUGUGGAUGAGGAGUAUGAGUCGGGGGAGCAGACGGAGGAGGAGACCUCGGCAGUGGGCUCCGGAUGGACAGCCGAGCACCCCCACGGCAGAGAGCACUACACAUCGCACAGCCCUUUGCUCCACAGAAAGUAGUUCACCGUUCUCACCGGCUGCUGGGUCGGUCCGGAGUCCCGCUUCCUGUUUCCUAACGCGAAAAUUCAUAGCUGAGAACAGAGUUAUCGAGUCCGCAUGCUUUACAGGUUUGGACACCUAUCUGUACAGGCAGGUUGACGUCACAGCGAAGACCGAGCCACGCUCUUGUGACUGUGUAAGAUGGAGCUGUGUGCGACAGAGCCUCACUCCUCCUCAGAAUGGCCAGCCACCUCAAAGGAUAACAGGGCUCCAUCAGGCUCCUCCAGUUUUCUCCCAGACGUCAAGCUGGGAUUCUGAGAUAGGCAAUGACCGAAGCCUUUAGAAAAACUCACCAAGGCUGAACAAAGAACCAAAGAACAAAGAAUUAGUCAUUUAGAAUUCACAGGAACCUUGUGAAUUCACAUAGAACCUGAUCUAUGUCACCUGUCCAGAACCACACGUGGUUGGUCAGUGGUUCCUACCCGCUCUGUGUGUAGGCGGUUUAUACUCAGUUAGCAUGGCAGGGGUCUUUGAAAGCAUCCGGCUCCGCCCCUUGUGCUGGAGACAGCUUGGAAAGGUCUUAGGGAAUGUUGGCCAUCAUGCAAAGUGAAUGCAUUUGGCUUCAGAUUUUUUUUUAAUGAACUUCUUUAUUUCCAAAGAGACAAUAACGUACCUCAAAAGAGGUGAAAUUUGUUGCAACAUUAUUAUAUUUAAUCAGUGACACUGAUAGAUGUGAUCUGCACUGUAGGGGUUAAUCUUUGAACAAUGAGUUUAUGCACUAUUUUUUUUUAACUGGAGUGUUAAUUUAAAAUAAAUUUUAGAAGUGUGAGAGUCACAGUUUCAUAGCAAUGGAUGAAUAAUGCAUAUGUCUGCUGUGUAUUUGUAGUUUGGGGAGUUUUGCUCUGGAGUUUAGUAAGUAUUCUUUAGUUGACCUUUCCAUUGUGAUUAUUCCAACCCUGACCUUGAACUUUACACACUUGCCAUUUUUGUCAACCAACUCUUUAUCUCUCCUCCUUCCUUAUGCUUUCUCUCCCUUCUGUCUGGGCAUCUACAAGUGAAUCAGCUGUCCUGAAAUGCUGUGCUGGAGAACUAGAGCUACGACCGUCCAUUCAGUAGACAUCCUUUCGCCCUUAUUGCUUGUGCAUCUUCACCCAUGUGAUUCAGUCAAGCACAUCCUUCCAGGCCACCAUCAAGCUCCCCGUUAGGAACCUCCUUGGCUCUCCUAAGCUCUAGGAAACCUGUACUCCUUCAGGUCGGGCCUUGUCCUUUGCGCACAUGUGUUUAGUCUUGUGACCCAAAGCAAAGGAUAGUUUGAUCAUUUGACCUUUUGACAACUUAUUGGUUGUGACUUUCCGCUCAUCUUUUUUAUUGUUCUUGUGUGAGUUUUCCUAUUUUCUUUCAUCUGUGGUCACGUGUCUUCUACGGGGCAGAAUGCACACAAAUGUUGCACAGAAGACAAUAUUUUUGAGCUGGAAGGGACAUUAGAGUAGGUGCUGUCAUCAGAUAUUACUACUUUCUAGGUGUCAAGAAAUAAUGUCCUGAAGUAGGACCUGGAGCCACCACGGGGCUCCAUCACUGAUGCUUCACUGAAGCUUUCCAUCAGCGGGAGGACUUGUCCUAUAGCAUGACCUAUGGAUACCAGCAAUGACCAUGUGACUUUGCUCCAGACCACCCACACUGCAGGAGUAAUUUUCACUCAGGUUCCCAUGGUAGGAGCACAGAUAAAAAUCAAAGAACCCCAUUGUUCCUCAGACUCUGAAAUGGAAUGUUCUAAGUCAUACGACAUCUUUUUAAAAUAAAAACCAUGGCUUGUCAAGUGAGCAUAACAAGCUCCGAGGGAGGAGACGUGCAUAAACUCAGGGAAGCAGCGAUCAAAGGGGACCAGCUUCACACGGAGACGGUGACUCAGAGUCUUACCUUGGCAGCUGGCGGUACAGAGGCCGAUAGUGGCCACCGGACCGCACAGGUGCAAAUCUGUGUGUGCAGCCUAGUCUUCGGAGGCCAGUGACGCCAACUUCUUUCCCAGACUCCAUCUA